AGUGAAUUAGCAGCAUAGCUCGCUACAUUGUACGGCUGAUAUAUUCUUCCACUCCAAUAUCUAGCAGUACUAGUAUCCUUUGGAAUAUACCUCGGGUUAUCUGCCUUCAGCUUUAUCGCAGUGACCCACAUCGUCGUUUGCUGCUUAUCGCUAUCUAUCUACUAGUUAGUAGUAUCAUCACUACAUGUAUACUUGUAACCUAAUCAGGGUCUGUUGCACUCCUUGCACGCGAAGGCUCAGAAGAUCGCCUUUGGCUCGGUAUUUCCAUCGAGCUACGGCAGAGCUCUUGAACUACAACUCAAAAAGGUAUCUAGUCACUGAGAAGGUUUCUGUUAUUGUUGGUAAUCCGGGGAAAACAUACCUUCUGGUAUAUUCAGAAGUCGGCAGUGUUUUCCGUGCUGCUGCAAAGGAAUUCCAAAUCUUUGGAGAAACAUGUAAACUUGCAUUCUUCCAUGAAUCGCAACAUUUUGUGGACUUUCCGUACGGUUAUCCCCGUUUCUAUACCCCGAAUCAUAUUUCACGUCGAACGGAAUGGUAGUAUCAACUCAUUAUUUGGGUCAGAAUAGACGUUUUUUAGAAUGGC